UAUCGAUACCUGAGGCAACGGAUUGAUGCGGUUUCAGGUCAAAGGGAAACGUAAACCAAAACAAGACGGAUAUUCUGAAGCUAAUACGCAAUUUACGAUUCUAUAGCCAUCCCAGGCUACGAACUACUACCACCAUGAGCAAAUCCGACAAGAAAAAGGACGAAAAAACAUCACAGGCUACCCAUUUCUCAUCUAGCGACGAAGACGAAGGCGGAGAAGAUAAAGCCACAAUGGAUAUGAUUCGUCGCUUCUUUGCACACACAUUGAAUCUGGGCGGCUCCGUGGACGAAAAAGAAGACCUCAAAGUGGAGAAAGUUAUACCCGACCUGUCCUUUGAGGGCUUUGCCGCUCAUUGGCGAGAGCAUGGUUUCCGGAAAAUAGUGACAAUGGUGGGAGCUGGAAUUUCCACCUCUGCUGGCAUUCCGGACUUUCGGUCGCCUGGUUCAGGGCUGUACAGCAACCUAAAGAAGUACAAAUUGCCGCAUCCAACGGCUAUUUUUGACUUGGAUUACUUUGAGACGAAUCCGGCGCCCUUCUUUGCCUUGGCCAAGGAGCUGUACCCAGGAUCAUUUAUUCCGACACCGGCACACUAUUUCGUCAGACUGCUCGACAAAAAGGGUCUGCUGCAGCGUCACUAUACACAAAACAUCGACACCCUUGAUAGGCUGACGGGUCUGCCCGAGGAGAAGAUUAUAGAGGCGCACGGCAGCUUUCACACCAACCACUGUCUGAAGUGCCGCAAGGAGUACGACAUGGCCUGGAUGAAGACGGAGAUCUUUGCCGAUCGACUUCCCACCUGCAAGGUCUGCAAGGGUGUGGUCAAGCCAGACAUAGUUUUCUUCGGAGAAAACCUUCCCGCGAGUUUCUACGAGAGUCCUGAAGAGGAUUUCCGUGACUGCGAUCUCCUCAUCAUAAUGGGAACUUCGCUGGAGGUUCAACCGUUUGCUUCGCUAGUCCAGCGACCCGGUCCACGAUGCGUUAGGCUCUUGAUCAACCGUGAUGCAGUGGGGCAGGCUAGCUUUGUGCCUUGGAUGAACCCCCAGGAGCAAUCGCUUUCCUAUGGCAAGCCGAACAAUACGAGAGAUGUCGCCUAUUUGGGAGACUGCGACGCCGGAGUAUUGGCCUUGGCCAAAGCGCUUGGAUGGGAUGAUGAGUUGCAGCAACUCAUUGCUAAGGAAAAGGGGAAACUGGUGAAGAAGCAGCCGCAAAGGGAGAGUGGGAAGGGUCAGGAUGAUGAGCCGUCGACUGCGACUAACAAAGCAAAACCACAUUCAGACAAGGAUGAUAAGGCUUCCAGCAGCGGCCGCCACAGUAGGACCUGAGAUUAGUUAGUGCAAUUCGUAGUUAAUUUGUAGUUUCGUUUCCAAGAGUGCAAUUUGUUUACAUGGAUAGAAUAAAGCUGACAAUGCCAUGUGCAGUAUCAAGCUAAGCCGUAACCCGGUGCGCUUCAUUUCA